AUGGCGGAUGAAACUGGCGAGAGACAGUAUGCAGUAUGCAGUCGCUGUAUUUCCUGUAAUUAUUGUAAUGUAAUCCUGGCGCUUUUAACACCUAUACUCAACAUCAAUGUACGGAUUUACAUCAGACUCAUAUUACGCGUUUCUACGAAGCCGGAACUGAUCCCACGAAGGAGGGAGGUCAUUGUUUCGUUGUGUAUCUGGGAAAUCAUUAGUAAAAUGCUUAAUGCUACGUACGGCCUGAAGCAGUCUUCGGAAACGUCGAUAUCAUUACGCAACUGCGAUAACAUGACUUAUCAAUCGGAGACAGAUGCAUAAUAAAUAUUACUGCUAAUAAUCGCUACUCAUGAUGACUAGACCUCCAGUAACAUUCUAGUCAGAACAGGUUGCGACAAUUGGAUACAGUCGCGCGAGAAGUCAGGCACGUUCGACAAUUCGAGCGUAACGGAAGAGUUCAUUAUAGACAUUGUACGUAUAUACGCGGUAAAUAGAUAACAGGAGAGAAAAGUGGAGAUAUUGAUUCGAUCGUGAGAGAGACGGGAGGCAGAAGUAGGAUCGAGAAGGAACUAAGCUAGCUAUGUAGGGUGACGGGAUC